UUUUUCUUGUUCAGGUUAGGUGCAAAGCACAGCAAGCGGGCACGCACGCGUUGCAAGUAUUUUGAGUGGUUUAUUCCUAUUUUUAACAAUUUUUCUCAUUAUUCCUGUAUAAUAUCUCUUACAAAAUCUUAUAGGAUACAAUAUGAGUAGAUUUUUUGCUACCGGGUCGGAUUCUGAAUCCGAAACCUCUUCGGAAGAGGAGCCAACGCCCCGCGCACCAGCACAGGUCUUCACCUUCAGCGAUGAAGAAGAAGACACCAAGCGCGUUGUUCGUUCGGCGAAGGAAAAGAGAUAUGAAGAUCUUAUGAACACAAUCAAGCAAAUCAGAAACUUCAAGAAAAUCAAAGAUAUGAGCAGCAUGCUAUCAAGUUUUGAAGAUCUAAUGAGGGCCUACACAAAAGCCAUCCCAGUUAUAAAUAAGGAAGAAAAUGGCGUUACUCCAAGAUUCUACCUUCGUUGUCUGGUUGAACUUGAAGACUUCAUCUCAGAAGUGUGGGAGGACAGGGAGGGCAGGAAAAAUAUGUCAAAAAACAACUCCAAGUCGCUCAGCUCUCUCAGACAAAAAUUGAGGAAAUACAAUAAGGACUUUGAAGAGGAUAUCGCCAAGUUCAGAGAGAAUCCCGAUGUUGCCGAUGAAGAUGAAGAACAGCCCAAGAGUGAGUCUGAACAAGUCUAUUUUUUCAACUGGAAAUUUUAUUUUUUUAUUGCAGAUGAUGAUGACGGCAGUGAUUCUUCAAUGGACUGGGAUGAUGAUUCUGAUGAUAGCAGCUCUGACAGCGAUGAUGACAUUCCCGGAAUGAGCAUAAGAGAUCGCUUCUUGAAAUCGAGAAAUGCCGACAAGGACGACGAUGAAAAGAAGGAACGUAAGAAGGAGCGCAAAGAGAAAGAGAGGAAGAAGGCGAGACGAGAUGAGGAAGAGGACGAUGACGAUGAGGGCCCUUGGGUGGCUGUCAGGGGAGGUGUUGCUCUUCCAUCCGAAAAGCCGAAAAUGUUCCCGAAGGACGCGGAGGUGGACAUCAGCCUGGUGGUGAAGAAGCUGAACGAGAUCGUGGCCGCUCGCGGCAAGAAGCGCACAGACCGCCGCGAGCAGAUCGACCUGCUGCAUGAGCUGCAGACCAUCGCCGACCAGCACAAUCUCGGAGUCGCCGUUGAGAUCAAGAUCAAGCUGGCAAUCAUCUCGUCCAUCUUCGACUACAACCCCAAGGUGUCCGACGCCAUGAAGCCCGAGUACUGGGCCAAAUUGCUGGAAAGAAUAUCAGAAACGUUGGAUCUGCUGAUGGCGACGCCGGAAAUCAUGAUCGGUGAGCUGGUGACCGACGAGAACGAGAACCUGGAGAAGCCGCCCUACCGCAUCCGAGGAUGCAUCCUCACUGUGGUCGAGCGACUCGACGAGGAGUUCAUCAAAUUGCUCAAGGAGUGCGAUCCGCACAGCAACGAAUACGUUCAAAGAUUGACAGAUGAGAAGCGUGUGGCGACCAUCAUAGACAAGGUGCAAGAGUUUCUGGAGCGACAGAAAGUGUCCAACGAUCUAUGUCGUAUCUAUCUGAGGAAAAUAGAGCAUCUCUACUACAAGUUUGAUCCCAAUGUUCUGAAGCAGAAGAAGGGCGAAAUCCCGGCGACGGAGGUGACGAGUGUGCAGAUAAUGGACAAGCUGUGCAAGUUCAUCUACGACAAGGACACGACCGACCGCCUGCGUACGCGCGCCAUCUUGUCGCAUGUCUACCACCACGCGCUGCACGACAACUGGUUCCAGGCCAGGGACCUCAUCCUCAUGUCGCAUCUCCAGGAGGCCAUCCAGCACUCUGAUCCACCAACCCAGAUUCUGUACAACAGAACGAUGGCUCACUUGGGAUUGUGCGCUUUCCGCCAUGCCAACAUCAAGGAUGCUCACAACUGCCUCGUUGAUCUGAUGAUGACUGGAAAAGUAAAGGAACUUCUGGCGCAAGGACUGCUUCCACAGCGUCAGCAUGAACGUAGUAAAGAACAGGAGAAGGUUGAGAAGCAGAGGCAGAUGCCAUUCCACAUGCACAUCAACCUGGAGCUUCUCGAGUGCGUCUACCUGGUGUCUGCUAUGCUCAUAGAAAUACCCUAUAUGGCUGCGCACGAGUUCGAUGCUCGCAGACGAAUGAUUUCGAAAACGUUCUACCAGCAGCUGCGCAGUAGCGAACGCCAGUCACUGGUGGGGCCACCAGAGAGCAUGCGCGAACACGUGGUCGCAGCCAGCAAGGCCAUGCGCAAUGGCAACUGGGCCAACUGCAACGACCUCAUCAUCAACGAGAAAAUGAAUGCCAAGGUGUGGGAUUUGUUCUACGAGAGCGAGCGCGUGCGAGGCAUGCUGGGGCGCCUGAUCAAGGAGGAGUCAUUGCGCACCUACCUGUUCACCUACUCGCAUGUCUACGACUCCAUCUCCAUCGACACGCUCGCCAAAAUGUUCGAACUCGACAAGUCCAUCGUGCAUUCCAUCAUCAGCAAGAUGAUCAUCAACGAGGAGUUGAUGGCAUCGCUGGAUGACCCGACGCAAACGGUUGUGAUGCACCGGAGUGAGCCGAGUCGCCUCCAGUCGCUUGCCCUGCAGCUCACUGACAAGGUCUACAACUUUGUCGAUUCCAAUGAAAGAAUAUUCGAAACCAAGCAAGGUAACUUCUUUUUGCGUGGAGGCAAUCAAGGUCAAUUCAGACAGAACUACAACAGGCAAGAUUGGAACAGGCAGCGCCGUGAGAAUCGUACAUAUAAUAAUUAGACUAUUCAUGUUCAACACAAUUUAUUAAAAAGUGAUUUGAUUAUUCAAUUACCUUAUCAUAAAUUACUUCUGAAAAAUAAUAUUGAUUACAUUUGUAUUCAUACAAUAUUGAGU